AAAACCAAAGAGAUUUCCCUGGGGAAACAAAUCCUGCCUGGAGAAAUCUCCCCAUUGGUUGUUUAUCCGCAGAAAUCUACAUGUUCCAGGGGAUGGUGCAUCCAUAAUCAGUCUGUCCCUAUAGGACUUGGGUCUUGGCGACCUUUUUGUGACCUCUCCCGCCAGAGGAGGCUGCUGUCACUUUAAAAAUUUACUGAAAGAGGAGCCCGUCUCUGGCUUCCGACCACUCUGGAGAUAGCUCCCUUUCUCCCUCGCCCCGGUUUCUUUCUGGAUGGCCGAGCAGAUCCCCUUUAAAGAGACAGUUCAUGAAAUAGAAACCCUGCGGCUGGGCGCGGAGUGGCUAAAGGGGACGAGCGAGUGAGGGUCUGGACCCGAGGAGGCUCUGGGAGGAUCUGGGGGCCGUCCUGGCCUGGCAGGCCCCCCACCUUCGCAAGCUCUCCUGCGGGUCUUGCCCCUGGAGCUGGGAGAGAGGAGUGGAAGAAGUUUUAGUAGGUUUCAGAUAACUUUCAUUACACAUCGGGCUGAUAAGAGCAAGAGAAAGUGAGGAAAGAGGGAGGUGGUGAGAAGAGAAGGAAUAGCUGCGAGCUCAUUUAGGAAGGGGGAAAAUCCCAAAUACACCAAACCCGGGUCAUUUCUGAUCUUAAAACACUGUUGGCGGACAAUAAACCCGAAACGCGUGGUCCCGGCGGCGAACAGCUCCCAGGGAACGACAAACUUAGCAGACACCCAUUUGGAAGUCGAGACACGAGGUUUUUAUUUUUUAUUUUAUUUUAUUUUUUAAUGUCUCGAAAUGUUACCGGGUGUUCUUUGAAAAGACUUUCCUACACGAGUGCCGGGUGCUGCUGAUUUUAUUUUCCUUAAUUCUGCUGUGAUUGCUUUUGAUUGCUGAGUUGAGGCCGUAGAAAUCGGAAGAUCUUAGAUGAGUUUUGCAAUGUGAAGUUCUGCAUAGAUGCCAGUCAACCAGAUGUAGGAAGCUGGCUCAAGUACAUCAGAUUUGCUGGCAGUUAUGAUCAGCACAACCUUGUUGCAUGCCAGAUAAAUGACCAGAUCUUCUACCGAGUAGUCACAGACAUUGCGCCUGGCGAGGAGCUCCUGCUGUUCAUGAAGAGUGAAGAGGAUCCCCAUGAGCCCAUGGCACCUGACAUCCAUGGUGAGUGCGGCGCACAGCACCCAGGUGAGCCCGUGGCACCUGACAUCCAUGGUGAGUGCGGCGCACAGCACCCAGAAGAACGGCAGCACCGCUGUGAGGACUGUGACCAGCUCUUCGAAUCCAAGGCUGAACUAGCCGAUCACCAGAAGUUUCCAUGCAGCACACCCCACUCGGCGUUCUCCAUGGUAGAAGAGGACUUGCAGCAAAACCUUGAGAGUGAGAGCGAUCUCCGAGAGAUCCAUGGCAACCAGGACUGUAAGGAAUGUGACCGAGUUUUCCCUGAUCUGCAAAGCUUGGAGAAGCACAUGUUGUCACAUACCGAGGAGAGAGAAUACAAGUGUGAUCAAUGUCCCAAGGCAUUUAACUGGAAGUCCAACUUAAUUCGCCACCAGAUGUCACAUGACAGUGGAAAGCACUAUGAAUGUGAGAACUGCGCCAAGCAGGUUUUCACGGACCCUAGCAACCUUCAGCGACACAUUCGGUCUCAACAUGUUGGUGCCCGGGCACAUGCUUGCCCGGAGUGCGGUAAAACAUUUGCUACGUCGUCAGGCCUCAAGCAACACAAACACAUCCACAGCAGUGUGAAGCCCUUCAUCUGUGAGGUCUGCCAUAAAUCCUAUACUCAGUUUUCAAACCUUUGUCGUCAUAAGCGCAUGCAUGCUGAUUGCAGAACCCAAAUCAAGUGCAAAGACUGUGGACAAAUGUUCAGCACUACGUCUUCCUUAAAUAAACACAGGAGGUUUUGUGAGGGCAAGAACCAUUUUGCGGCAGGUGGAUUUUUUGGCCAAGGCAUUUCACUUCCUGGAACCCCAGCUAUGGAUAAAACGUCCAUGGUUAAUAUGAGUCAUGCCAACCCGGGCCUGGCUGACUAUUUUGGCACCAAUAGGCAUCCUGCUGGUCUUACCUUUCCAACAGCUCCUGGAUUUUCCUUUAGCUUUCCUGGUCUGUUUCCUUCAGGCUUGUACCACAGGCCUCCUCUGAUACCUGCUAGUCCUCCUGUUAAAGGACUAUCAAGUACUGAACAGUCAAACAAAUGUCAAAGUCCCCUCUUGACACAUCCUCAGAUACUGCCAGCUACACAGGAUAUUUUGAAGGCACUGUCUAAACACCCACCUGUAGGGGACAAUAAGCCAGAGGAACUGCUGCCCGAGAGGUCCUCUGAAGAGAGGCCCCUUGAGAAAAUCAGUGACCAGUCAGAGAGUAGUGACCUUGAUGAUGUCAGUACACCAAGUGGCAGUGACCUGGAGACAACCUCGGGCUCUGAUCUGGAAAGUGACCUUGAAAGUGAUAAAGAGAAAUGUAAAGAAAAUGGUAAAAUGUUCAAAGACAAAGUAAGCCCUCUGCAGAAUCUGGCUUCAAUAAAUAAUAAGAAAGAAUACAGCAAUCAUUCCGUUUUCUCAGCAUCUGUAGAGGAGCAAACCGCGGUGUCAGGAGCUGUGAAUGAUUCUAUAAAGGCUAUUGCGUCUAUUGCUGAAAAAUACUUUGGUUCCACAGGACUGGUGGGGCUGCAAGACAAAAAAGUCGGAGCGUUACCUUACCCUUCCAUGUUUCCCCUCCCAUUUUUUCCAGCAUUCUCUCAAUCAAUGUACCCAUUUCCUGAUAGAGACUUGAGGUCGUUACCUUUGAAAAUGGAACCCCAAUCACCAAGUGAAGUAAAGAAACUGCAGAAGGGAAGCUCAGAGUCCCCCUUUGAUCUCACCACUAAGCAAAAGGAUGAGAAGCCCUUGACUUCAGUCCCCUCGAAGCUUCCAGCAACACCUGCCACAAGCCAAGACCAACCCCUGGAUCUCAGUAUGGGCAGUAGGAGUAGAGCAGGUGGGACAAAGUUGACUGAACCUCGAAAAAACCAUGUAUUUGGGGAAAAGAAAGGAAGCAAUAUGGAAACAAGACCGACUUCAGACGGCUCCUUGCAGCACGCGAGACCUACUCCCUUCUUCAUGGAUCCCAUUUAUAGAGUAGAGAAAAGAAAGCUCACCGACCCACUUGAAGCUUUGAAAGAAAAAUACUUGAGACCUUCUCCGGGGUUCUUAUUUCACCCACAAUUCCCACUACCUGACCAGAGAACAUGGAUGUCAGCUAUUGAGAACAUGGCAGAAAAGCUGGAGAGCUUCAGCGCCCUGAAACCUGAGGCCAGUGAGCUCCUUCAGUCGGUGCCCUCUAUGUUCAGCUUCAGAGCGCCUCCCAGCACCCUGCCUGAGAACCUGCUCAGGAAGGGGAAAGAACGCUACACCUGCAGAUACUGUGGCAAGAUUUUUCCAAGGUCUGCGAACCUAACACGGCACUUGAGAACCCACACAGGAGAGCAGCCUUACAGAUGCAAAUACUGUGAUCGCUCCUUCAGCAUCUCCUCCAACCUGCAGCGGCAUGUCCGCAACAUCCACAACAAGGAGAAGCCGUUUAAGUGCCACUUGUGUGACAGAUGUUUUGGUCAACAAACCAAUCUCGACAGACAUCUGAAGAAACACGAGAAUGGAAACAUGUCUGGUACAGCAACGUCAUCGCCUCAUUCAGAGCUAGAAGGCACAGGUGCAAUCCUGGAUGACAAAGAGGAUGCCUACUUCACAGAGAUCCGAAAUUUCAUUGGGAACAGCAACCAUGGAAGCCAGUCCCCUCGGAACAUGGACGAGAGGAUGAAUGGCAGUCAUUUUAAAGAUGACAAGGCUUUGGUAACCAGCCAGAAUUCUGAUUUACUGGAUGAUGAAGAAGUAGAAGAUGAGGUGUUGUUGGAUGAGGAGGAUGAAGACAAUGAUAUUCCUGGAAAAUCCAGAAAGGAGCUGGGGACAACUAAUUUAGAUGAAGAAAUCCCCGAGGAUGACUAUGAAGAAGCCAGUGCCCUGGAGAUGCAUUGUAAGACAUCCCCAGUGAGGUAUAAAGAGGAAGACUAUAAAUCUGGCCUCUCUGCUCUAGAUCACAUAAGGCACUUCACAGAUAGCCUCAAAAUGAGGGAGAUGGAAGAGAAUCAAUACACUGAUGCUGAGCUGUCUUCCUUUGGUUCUGCCCAUGUGCCAGAGGAGCUUAAGCAGCCGUUACACAGAGAGUCCAAGUCACAGGCAUAUGCUAUGAUGCUGUCACUGUCCGACAAGGAGUCCCUUCAUCCUGCCUCCCACAGUUCCUCCAAUGUGUGGCACAGCAUGGCAAGGGCUGCAGCAGAAUCCAGUGCCAUCCAGUCUAUAAGCCAUGUAUGACAUUGUCGAGGCUGACCAGAGUGGGACCAAGUCCAACAGCAGCAUGGCUCUUUCAUAGCGAACUCUUUACAAGACUGCUGAGCAGAAUGCCUUAUCAACCGAAAGGGUCACUCAUUUAAAGUUUGGUGACCUUAAACUGAAUGAUUAAAGAAAAAAGAGAGAGAGAGAGAGAGAAGGAAGCUAUUUAUUCUCAAUAUUUUGUUUUGCACAGCAAGGCAGCUGCUGACUUCUGGAGGAUCAAUUAAUCUACCGUGAUCGGAGAUGAACGAAAACCUCACUGGGGCAGGCACCUUCCACUCUCCUGUCCUAGGACCCUGGUGGAAGAGAGGGGCAGUUGAGAUGGCAGCAUUGAUGACACAAAUGAACACUCCAUAGAAAUCAAAUUCUGCUUUUUACAAGAUCACCUGAUGUGAUUGGGAACAGUUGCUUUUAAUUACCAGAUUUAAUUUUUUUUCUUUUUUUGAAGUUUUAUGUAAUUUAAUCCUUUGAAGAUGGAAGUAGUCAGGAGAAAUGCACAAUGAUUAUAGGAAGUAAUAGCAGGAGUUUUGUCACCCUCCCCCUUACCUUUUGCCUUCUUAAGUACAUUGUUUAAAACUAGGGAAAAAGGGUAUGUGUAUAUUGUAAACUAUGGAUGCUCAUGCUCAGAGAGGUUAAGUCAGUGAUGUAACCUAUUCAUCACCAGUACCGCUGUACCACUAAUACGAUGUUUGCCAAAUCCUUGUGAUAACAUCUUAAUUUUAGACAAUCAUGUCACUGUUUUUAAUGUUUAAAUUUUUUGUGUGUUGCGUGUAUCAUGUAUUUAUUUGUUGGCAAACUAUUGUUUGUUGAUUAAAAAGAGCACUGUUCCUGUCAGCCACUAUGUUAUGAUGUCUGAGGCACACCCCUUUCGGGAUUUCAAGGACCAAGGGAACACGACCUGAGUAUGGGAGUGCCCGGUAGUGUUUGGCUUUUCCUAACAUUCCUUCCUUUUCGUUGUUGUUGUCGUUUUGUUUUCCUUUUUAAUGAACUAAAUACAAAUAGAUGCAACUUAGUUUUUGUAAUACUGAAAUCAAUUCAAUUGUAUAAAUGAUUAUAAUUUCUUUCACGAAAGCAUGAUUCUUCUGAUUAAGACCUGUACCCCAUAUUUUAUGCUGGUCGUCUCUGCAAGCUUGUGCGAUGAUGUUAUGUUCAUGUUAAUCCUAUUUGUAAAAUGAAGUGUUCCUGACCUUAUGUUAAAAAGAGAAAAGUAAAUAACAGACAUUAUUCAGUUAUUUUUUGUCCUUUCUUGAUAAACCAGAUUUUUUUCCCUUUUGUUUGUAAUCUCAUUUGGAAAUAAUUGGCAAGUUGAGGUACUUUCUUCCAAUGCUUUGUACAUUAUAAACUGUUAUGCCUUUCAGUGCGUCACUGUGGGAGGAGCAACUAAAAAAUAAAGACUUCCAAAAGUGAUGAAAAAUAA